GUUACCAAUCUCAUCGGAGAUGGCCACGUAGGGGCCGGGCUCUCUCCAACUCGUAGCCAUCUCCAUUACAUCUGGACGGCUCACCACCUGGGAUACGUACCAUAGAACAGUCAUUAUUCAACCGAUUGAGCAAGAAGGGUCGCUCAAGAUGACAACCCCUUUGCUCCAACUGUUUGAGGAGGUGUACGAUUCUCAUCUUCAGCUUCGGAGGCAGAAACUCUCAGCGUUUUGGGCAAACCUCAACACUCAAGAACGCGAUGCCAUUCCUGUUCAACUUGACGCCGCCCUCUCUCAAGCCUCACUAUAUGUGACACCUCAGGACUAUGCCUUCCUGCUCAAAAGAUCGAACUCGACAUCAUGGGCGAUAACGGCUGCCAAAUCAUCGCCAUUCCCUCCAGUGGUAAACGCAGCCAUUGAUGUUCUUACUGCCUCGUGGAUUACCUCCCCUGGUAGCUGCGAUGUGCAGGCGAUCGUAAGCUUGAUCAGGAACGAUCUCCCCCAAUACGCUACGGCGCGUCUUCUCUCUUCUCUUGGUCUUAGAGCCAAGGCAACUGCGGCUCAAUCUACCCUGGUUGACGCCCUUUUACGCGAGAUCUACCCCUUCCUUACUGACAAGACCACGGAGACUUGUCCACUCUCGCAGUACGCCCGGCUUGCUAUACGCAAUUUGGUUCCAGCUGCCUCAGAUCCCACCCUUCUCGCCAUCCUCUCCCGCUGCUCUUCGCAAUGGGCUACGGAAAACAUAUGGCAGCAGCUUGCUGAAAAGCGUCCCAAUCUUGUGCGCAACAUACUUCUUAAGCACGUCGGCGCCCCUAUCACUUCAGAACACCUCGAGAACUUGCCCGACAUUGUCGUUGACCAGCCUGAAGCGCUCUACAACACAGUGGACGUGCUCAUGCGGGCAAAGGACGGCAAGGGCCCAGAGUUUCUCGCUACGUUUUUGGAACACUACAUAAAGUAUGCUUCCGUGGACGAGCAGACCCAUUCUUCGCGAGUUGUUGCCAACGAUGUCAUUGAUCUUGCGACAUUGACGGGCUACAUUGCAUACUUGCUCAAGAAGCAGAACACACCCAACGAUGUCAUCCGCGUCGGACUUUCGCAGUGUAAAGCCCUCGCUCAGCUGCAGAAGGUGCUCAAGGAAGAAGACCAGUCCGCUCAGGAUGCAGACAACCUCGUCAAGGUCGCCCUCGAGCGGUAUGCCAGAUCGCCAGAGGAGUGGAAAACCAUGAAGGCAGAUGAGCUUCGCUCCUUUGAGCAGACGGAGACACCAACGGGCCUUCUCGUCGCCAUUUUCAGGCUUAUCAGUUACACGAAAGAUGGUCUAUCCGAGAGCUGGUAUGGUGACCUGAUGACACCCCUCACCCAUUGGCUCAACAGCAUCCCGCGCCCCGCUCGUCUACCGCUCAUCAACGCAUUGCACUACGCUAAUACUGGGCACGACCUUCUUACCCUCCCAGCGGAGACGCAGGGCUACCCGCGCUUCUCCUCCGUGCUUCUCGCGAUGCUCGACCCAGGCCAUGUUGCUACGAUAUGCGCGAUUGGGUUGCGUGCGCACUCAGCAUUUGUAGAGCAGAGCAAUAUGGACUGCUUCAUCCCGAAGCCGUACUUCGCGUUCAGUUCCAUCAACGGCGCGCUCUUCACAGCUGGCGUGCAGGCGGACCUGCCGCAUGCACUGCAGGUCGGCGCAAAGCGCUCAGUAUUCCGCCUCGUCAAACCCGAUCAGGUCGUGCACAACGACGACGCCGUCGCGAGCGCCAUCGAGCUGCUCAAGCGCAAGGCGUCCAAAAGCCGUGAGGAGCGGUACAGCCUCUCGUAUGCGGCGAUCGUCCUCGCGUGCAUCGCCCAGAGUCCGGCGCUGUUUGUGGACACGCUCAGCUGGGCGUUUACGCGCUACGCCAAGGACCCGAACACGGGCCCUGAGCUGUUCUCGGCGAUAUACGUGGUCAGUGCUAAAUUUACGAGGUUCAUAGCGGGCCCUAGUGGCUUCAAAGCAGUCGGUGGGCUUCGCGAGAAGCUGAACUUGGAUGCGGUAGCUGCAUGGUGUAGGUGCACAGAACAGUCGAUCGCUGUCGCGCUGGACCUGCUGAAGACCUGGAUCAAGGAACCAGAUCGUCAGUCUUCGAUCAAGUACGACUAUCAGACAGUCGGGAAAUUCAUCGUUGCCGUUAUGGAACAACGGUUUGCGAUGAUUGGGAAGAUAUAUCCUACACUAUGUGGUGAUGAAGGCCAGCUACGCGAAGUUCUGCUCGCACCUCUUCUCAAGCAUUGGAGAGACUGGGAGAACUUCAAGCUCGUCGACUACCCACAUGUCAUAGAGUACUGUACCACGGAUUACAGCCGAGGCAUUCCAUGGAUACUCGACGAAAUCCGCAUCGAUGCGAGGGUGGCAAAGGUCAUACUCCCGUUCCUCGAUGGCUGGGGAGAACAGCGUGAGGAGCUCUAUCGGGAAGCGCGCGCAACCAUGAAACCGCUGGACAAGGAAGAGACGAGGAGCAGGAGAGAAGAAUCAAUCGGUCAAGGGACUUGGCGGUCGUUCUUACCCGUACGGGUCAUCGCUGAUGGCAACCUUGAUAGCGUUGGCGGCGAGGAUGGACUCGACUUGAUGCCGGGUCUGAAAAGGUACAUUGACGGUGUUUUGCUUCAGGACCCCAAUACCAAGCUCGACGACGUGGAUGACAAGCUCGAUUGGCAUCCCGAGAAGUACAAGGGCGCCCUUGAGGCAUACAUGAUGUUCACAAACAAGAAGAAGCACGUCGCGUUGGUCCGCUCUUUGUUGGAGAAGUACAAGCAGGUGGAUCCGAAUCCGUCGCUUAUGCUCUUGCAACACCCCGGGAUCACAAAGUUGUUGUGGCUCGAUGGCGAGCUGAGCAGAACAAAGCAGGCGUUCUUGCCCAGGUUCCCCGGUCCGGUGGGAGAUAGCUUUACGCAUGACCCCUCUGAGGCAUCACUUCCGAUCCUAUAUUACGAGGAUGAGCUACCUACGACCAUACUUGCUUUGAAUAGUCAGCAGCUCACACGGCAAACUCAGUACUCACUCAUCGUUCCCUACUCGAGGGAGCUAGCUCUCAAGCGAAGCUCCCUCCAGACCAUCCACCAGUUCACGGUGUUCGUUAUUGGGUGGCUUCUCACCACGAUACAGGCCGAGAUUCCCGGUCCUCCCCCGGAUCCAGCAUCAACGAGGUUGGAUCUCCCUGCGACUUACGCGCUUUAUCACGCCCGCGUCUCGCAGGACCUCGUCGACUCAUACGGAUCGAUGAUCGUUCUCCCCGCGUGGCUCGCCGAGAAGACGAUCUCGCGACUGCACCCGUCCGACAUCCAGGUCCUCCUUGACGCGGUCUUCGCGGAGGAGACGUCCGAUCCGAACAUCAUCCGGAUGCGCAUGGCACUGCUCGGUGCCGUCCGGCGGCUCGGCAAUCCUGGUCUAGGGAACAAACAGGCGUGGGCCGUCGUAGAAGACACGACGCUGUCGAGCUGGCACCGCCACGCUAUCACGAGCGGGUCGCUCAAGAUGCGCAGGCCAGAGGAAGCGAGAGUACUUGCGCGGAGUCUGCUUGAGUUUAGCAGGGAGAAGGCUGAACUGGGCAGACAGAGGGCUGCUGAGGCGAAGGCGCGGGCGGAGGCCGCUGAGGCUGCUGGAGAGCCUCUCAAGGAGACGCCGCAGGAGGAGCCGACGAUCAAAGUCAGCACGCAGAAGGCAUUUGUUCAGCUCUUCCUUCCUGCUAUUCAGUGUGGCAUCUUUCCCGUGUCGUUCAUCGAGGAGCUGGUGCAAGCUGGGCUGUUCAAGACACCUGCGAGCGUCACGUCCUACGUUGUGCAGGUCCUCGUCGACGUCGUACUGGCCCGGCUGGUAGCACAAGGAGACGAUCCGAGUGUGUGGACAGUCCUCGAGCCGUUCAUCGAGCUCGCGCAGCGACUUGAGGAGAGUACACCGCUCUCCGAAAAGGGCUGGGACGCCGCCCGACAAGGAACGAAGGACAUGCCAGAGAUCUCGGACGAAUUGCCUAUCGCGCAGGCGCUGCUUGGAGCUGACCUUGGAAAGCCAACGAAAGGCCACUCGCGUAUCUACCGCGCGUGGGUGAAGCACGUCGUCGAGCCAGUCUUGGCUGAGCUGGUCAACAAGAGGCUGUAUUGGCUCAAGACGGCGAUUGCUCGGGAGAGUGGCGAAGUCAGCUCAGAUCUUGAAAAGAAUUUUACAGGCGCAUACAUCGACACGUCUGCUCGAGAUAUCGUCCUGGAUGCCGUGCGGAUCUAUGGGUCAUUCUUCACUCCAGAAAUCAUUGGCGCUGCGGCUGACGACGAGCGGAGCUGGUGGGUGUGGAAGUUCAUGGAGCAGAGGAUCACAUGUUUCCUCCACCGAGACCAGACGUAUAAGAUUUUCAAACUUCUGGAGGAGAAGCAUGGAGAAGACUGGCUCCAGAAGAAGGCGACGCACUAUCCCAAGAAUAUCGCGUCGCUGACGGCAACAUCUGUUGAGGACGGCUUCAUCGUUGUGGAUGUCAGGGCAUACCUGCUUCCCGUGCUUCGUAAUCCUGACGCACCUCCAAACUUGAAGAACAAGAUUGCUGCUAUCGUGAAGCGCGUCGGUCUGCUUGUGCUUGAGCCGGGGAACAUGCAGGAGCCUGUGACAACAAAGUCUCCCCGUGGAAUGCCUCCUUUCGGCUCUUUCCUGACACUCCUGAACAACGUCGGCACGGACGUGGAUACUGCUCCGAUCGUCACUGACUGGCUCGCAGCUGCAGAGGAACAUGAACGUCGGCUCUCGAGUGCGAGUGGAAAGCCCAGAGGCGGUGUUGCCUACUGGAAAGUCAUUGCUGAGCUCAAGCUGCGACUAGCCAGAUUCAACGCAAAGCAGGCGCCCGACGGAGAACGGGUCAACGUCUACGUUUCUGCACUCGCCGAUAUCAUCCGAGAGGUCCAUCAGCGCCGCUGGCGAUAUAUCCAGUUUCCUACAGCCUUUGAUGGACCAACUAACACGAAUGGAAUAUUGCACGAGGAAGAGGUCGUCGCUGUCGUUGGCAAGUUGACUCAGGCGCCGUUGUAUCCCAAUAGCGACGAUGACGAUGAGCUACGUGCGCUCUUUACUGAGACGGCCGCGGUGCUCAUCCGCUCGCAUGGGCCAAAGAUCAACAAGUCGCCCGCGGGAUAUGCGGCGUUGCGAGAUCUGAUGGACUUGUGGAAUGCUGGAGGUGACGAGGUUCUGGAGCUCCUUGCUAAGGAAUUUUCGGUUUUGUAUCUGAAGUAGAUGUAUAUUAGCGCUUUCGCG